AUGACGGACGAACCAAGCGAAGCAGAUGUUUUUGCCAUCCCAGACUUUUGGAAGACGUCAAGGUGGCUCGAUCAAUUGGCUAGCGAGACGUCCACCUCACUCUUUGGCCACGGACUUGACGCAUUAUACAAUGUCAAGUCUACCUCAUUACCCUUGGAACCGAUCGCAGUCGAUACUGAUGGCUUCUUCAAGCUACCAGAAGUUGGCGAGUCUCACGCUGAUGACCCAGACGAGCUCCAAGAUUCGGACAUGACAGCCUCAACUAUACAAGAGCAUCAAGAGUUUGAGGACAAGAGCGAUAUAUGGACUGGAGUUUCCGAACCGCAGCCAAGGCCGUCUGCCUUCAGAACAUGGGAGACAUUCAAAACGGGAACGCUACAGCCAUAUAUACCCAUGCUUCUUUCUGAAGCUGGACAAGGCGCAUAUGAUGCCCUUUUAAGCUGGCCAACGGACUCGUUAAAUUUGCAGAAUACGAGCACGCCGGCUGUUGAGACUAGGGCAUAUUUUACAUCUGUGCUGGCCUUGUGCCUCGGCCGAGAAUCCGUCUUCUUUGCAAGAACUACUGAAGAUUGGACUUUCAAGUGCACGCUUCCAGAGUUACGAGUGUCUGGGUACAGCCGACAGGUACUUCAGGGCGUACAAAGACAAGCCGCAAAGUGCGGUUCCACAUUCUUACGACUCGGCGCAUUUUGUCAAUCGUCGUACGCUCCAUCUUCAAGCCGCUGUGCUAUAGCACUAGCCAGCGCCAUGAGCCAAAUUCUACAAGCCGUAGAGCACCGAGUCUCUGUGGAUGGCCGAUUUCCCGAAUCGCUGCUACAACUUCAGACUACGAUUAGGGAAGCAUCUACCAUUCUCCGUCCCCUAGACGACCUCGCAGCGCGAAUACCUCGUGAUCUCCCAGAUGAAGAGAUUUUGUCGCUCGUUUUUCAGGAGGCAUCCACAUUUGAAUUCAGUGAAAGGUAUAUCAGGGAUAUGCUUUGCGAAAUAUUGCAGCGGAUAUCAAGCCCUUGGGUCGAGUCAGUUGAAGAAUGGCUUGGCACACGGCGAGAGGUGGGCAUGCCGUUUGCAAGGUCCAACAUUGGGGAGACCAAGGGAUUCGUCACAGUCGAUGUCGAAGUCUUUAUUGAUGAUUUCGGACGAGAGGUUGAAGACAUUGACUUUCGGUUGGAUAUUGGCAGAGUCCCGCAAUUUUUGCCUUCCGAUAUUGCGGAGUCCAUCUUCGAGACUGGCAGAAACCUACGGUUUAUUCGGACAUUCCACCCAGAUCACAUUCUGGCCCGAUCCGACGUCAUCAUGUCGAACCGACCGCCCGCUGCCAGAUGGCUAUUCGAUUGGGCUUCUAUUUUGGAUCUUGAGGAUCGUAUCGCCCAGUAUCAAGAUGGCAUACUGGAUGCUAUUCAGGAAAGCCGUUCCGCCACAGCAUAUGUCGCUGUUCACUCCAAGCUUGGAGUAGAUGAGCCCGACUCUGAUCUCGAGUUGACCUUUUUCGGCGUUGAUGAAUCCACCAUGGAGCAACGGCUAAUUGAGUCGAUGGAUCACUUCAGCCGGCCGUUAAUAGAGAGUUCAAGCGAUGAUUCGCUAAGUCGCAUUGUGCAAGAAAAGUUUUCUAGCGAAAUUGAAGAUGAUAGUAUAGCUUCUGAUGACACACCACACUGGUCUCUGUUGCCAAUUCUGUCAUUUGGUGGCAUUGCGGCUGCCCAAGCUCGAAUUGUAAAUCGGGAAAGCCUUCGCUUGCUAUUUGAGGCCAAUAACGUUCAGCUUCACCUCAAACUCCAGCGAGACUUCCACCUACUCGGAAAUGGCUUGUUUUGUAGCCGGCUGUCCCACGCUUUGUUUGAUCCCGAUCUCGAGACGACUGAAAGGCAGGCUGGUAUAGCGAUGCAAGGAGGCGUGAUGGGCCUCCGACUGGGAGGGCGAGAUACAUGGCCGCCGGGAAGCUCUGAACUUCGCCUUGCCCUGAUGGGAGUACUCGGUGAGGCUUAUGGUUCUCAGGGGGUUACGAAGGCGUCUACAUCGAUCAAUAGAGAUUCGGGUGCUUCCCCCCUGCCUGGGGACCUGAGCUUUGCCGUCCGAGACUUGUCCGAGGAAGAAAUCAACAAGUGUAUGAACCCCGAUGCAUUGGAAGCUCUCGAUUUCCUGCGGCUCUCGUACACCACACCUCCCGAGCUGACGUGGAUAAUUACACCAGUCCACCUCAUGCACUACGACCGCAUUUUCAAGCUUCUCCUCAGGAUUCUGAGGAUGCUGUACGUGGUAAAUCGCCUGUAUCAGGACACCAACUCACGACUUAACACAUGGGUCGAAGAGGAUACGUCGUAUCGAUUCGUCAGAGAGUCGCAGCAUUUCGUGUCCAGCAUCGCGUCGUACUUCCUAGACAGUGGUGUUGCGAUAGCAUGGCAAUCAUUCGAGAACAAGUUGAACAGCAUUCGUGUUCAUCUUGACAAGCCCGAUGCAGCCCCAGACAAAUGUGCGUAUAGUCCCAACCAGCUACGGGACAUGCAUUCACAAGUGUUGGAACGGAUCAUGUACGCCCUAUUUUUAAGGAAACGGCAAUUGCCCGUGCUUAAGCUUCUGGAGGAAAUAUUUGGCAUCGUCUUGCAAUACGCAAAGCAGUCAAGGUUACAGGCACUCGGAGAGGAGGGCGAAUCUGCCGAGUUGGCCAAUUCGGCUCACAUGUAUGCUGAAUUCCGAAAGAAGGUUCAAGUGUUUAUUACAGUUUGCCGUGGCCUGUCGGAAAAGGCGAGGGCAUCUAGCAAGAACACGGCAGAUGGCGCAUCGUCGGAAGACUCUGGCUUUGGCGAUGAUAGCUUGAUUGCGCAGUUGUUGAAGUUGGAUAUGGGUGACUACUACUGUAGACGCUGA